UAUGGGAAACUAAAUAUAUAUAUAUAUACAUACGUAUAUAUAUGCAUGUAUAAUAAUAUGCAUACGGUGAACACAUUUAAAUAACUCGAGUGUAUGCGUGCGUGUGUGUGUGUGCCUGCGUUUCACAAAUGCCGACAAGUUGAAGCGGCAAAGUGUUAAACAAAUCAAUAAGCUGCAACUGAUGCAACAAUUGUGGCAAAACGCUUCAAAAUAUUUAUAAAAGACAAUAUAUGUAUAUAUGUAUGUGCGACAUACAGACAGACAUACGUGUGCGUCUGUAUAUAUAGAGGCCGCCGUUUGCUUUAGCUGUGUGUGUGCGAACCAGCCAGGCAGUCAGUGUGCGUGUUUGUUUGUGUGUGUGUGUGUGUGUGUGUGUGUGUACAUAUAAUCAUGUGAAAAAUCGAUUGGAAGUCACUGGAAGCCGUAUAGUCAUUGGAACGGCACAGCGGCGGCGGUGGCGGCGCCAAUUGUCAUUUACUAUCAAGCAAGAAGAAGAAACGUGCGCACGCACCAAAAGUAGCAACCAAAAAAAAAGAAAAGUAAAGAAAUAAAAAAGAAAAGCAAAUAGAAAAGGGUAAACCGAUUAAAAACGAAAAUAAAGCAAACACGCAACGGCACAUUUUUGCACAUUAACAUUAAAUAAAAAAAGCGCAAAGCAACAUUUGCGCUGAGUCUGGUGAAAGGUGCGCAAUUUCGUUUAGCUGAGACCCAAACCGCGGCGCGAGGCGACACUAGCAAGAGCAAGAGCUGGCAGCCAGGAAAAUUAGCUGAGGCAGCGGCAACGGCAACGGCAGCGAUCGACAUUUAGAAGCAUAUUGCAAAUUGAUUGACAAGCAGAAGAGGAAAAAAGAAAAAAAAAAAGGUGAUGCGCAAAACAGAAACCGAAACGGCAACCAACAGUCACACCGAUUGCGAGAGCGACAGUAAGCGAGUGUGAGAGAGAGAGAGAGAGAGCAGCAACAGCAGCCAAAAGUUGUUAAAACGAAAACGCACAAAACAGAGAAAAAAAAAAAAUAGAGACACACACACAGAUACACAUGAUAUGCAUGUGUGCAUGUACGUACAGAGCGAUAGCGAUUACGAUAACGAUAAUUAAGCGCAAUUUCUUUAUAUAACACACAACGAACCAAAAUUGCGAAGCAGCAAACAAAACAAAAACGCAAAACAACGCAAACGCAAACGCAAGCAAAACGAGAACGGCUGUUAAAUGCGGCGAUCAAAACGCCAACGUUAUUGUCGACCGAGCAGCAAAAGCAACAGCAGCAACAGCAACAACAACAACAACAACAACAACAACAGCAACAGCAGCGAAAGUUAUCGAUAUCAUCAACAGGACGGGGAUACGCGUAUCGCUGUUUGUUGACUGGAAGCGCAUUUCAACAACAAUCGAUCAAGAAGCAGCAGCAGCAGCAGCAGCAACAACAAUUUGACGACAAUUUCGAUUGUUGUUCAGGCUUUGCAAAAUAAUGGAACCAGAUCCCAAUGGGAUAAAGAUAGAGCCAACACUUGACCAUCACCAACAUCAACAGCAGCAGCAGCAGCAGCAGCAGCAGCAAUACGCGACGCAUGUGCUGGCAAUAAAUGGUCCCAAUGCGCGCCUACUUAUCGAGCAUCCGUCAGCGCUGUUGGUUCCAUUGUCGACACAUCAGCAGCAACAGUUGCAACUGCAACAGCAGCAACAGCAGCAGCAGCAGCAACAGCAGUUUCAGCAACAGCAUCAGCCACAGCAGCAGCAGCAGCAACAACAUCAUUUACAACAGCAACAAUUUCAUCAGCAACAAUUGCAAAUAACAUUACCCGCUUACACACAGCCGCUAUCCCUAAAGCAACAGCCCCCGCCCACGCCGCUGGGACCCGCCUCCAGCGUAAGCAACGUAUCAGCCUACACAGCAGCAGCAACAACAGCACACCAGCAACGGUGGAACGAGAGCCCGGAGGCACGUCAACGCCGUUUGGCCCGCAAUGCUGAGAGAAUGCGGGAGAGGCGACAGCGUGAAAGCGAAGACGAAUACCGGAAGCGUUUGUUGCGCAACGCGGAAGCAAAUCGACAGCGACGCCAAAACGAAUCCGACCUGGAGCGUGCGAUGCGCCUGGUCCGCAAUGCGGCGCGGCAGCGUCUGCGCCGCGCAAUGGAAUCGCCCGAACAGCGGGCGAAACGUUUGGCCAAACUGGCGGAACGGAUGCGCAUGUAUCGGGCCAGCGAGACGGCCGACCAGCGGAAGAUACGACUGGCCGAGAUGGCGGCGCGUGCGCGCCAGCGCAUUGCCAGCGAGUCCGUGGAGGAGCGCAAGGAAAGACUGAGAAAGCUGAACGACUAUGCGAAAAAGGUCAGAGAAAAGAAAAAGAUAUACAAACAGGUGCAGGUGCAGGUGCAAGUGCAUGCAGGCGUGCCACAGAAUUCGUCGUCGUCUUCAUCGACUAAUUCGACCAAUUCAAACACACUGACCGCGCAGCAGCAGCAACAGCAGCAGCAGCAGCAACAGCAACAACAACAGCAACAACAACAGCAGCAGCAGCAGCAGCAGCAGCAGCAGGUGCUUGCCGUGGCAACAGCAGCUGCUGCCGCCGCCGCCGCCGCUGCGAACGUAGCUGGCACAGCCAAUUGUAAUAAUGAGCAUAAUAUUAAUUUAAAUCAGGCAAACGUCACAGCAGCCACUGCUAACAGCAGCAGCAGCAACAACACCACCAGCAACAACAACAACAACAACAACACAACAUCAUCAGCAGCAGCAGCAGCAACAGUUGCCGCCGCCGAGGAGCAACAGCAUCUGGUGACAGCGGCGCCAGCGUCCGCCUAUCAACAGCAUCAGGCCAUCGAGUAUAUGGGCCAGAAUAUGUUCAUAACCCCUGGAACGCUGCGUCCCGCCAUGCAGCUAAAGCAGGAGCCGCAGCAGCAGCAGCAGCAACAACAGCAGCAACAACAACAGCAGCAACUGCAGCAGCAGCAGCAGCCGCGCUAUUCGCUGGGCGCCCAGCAGCUGAUCGAUGGCGUUGCCGGCGGCAGCGGCGUUGCGGAGCCGGGCAGCAUAUUCGUGCAGCAGAUCUACGGCGAGGAGCCGGGCAAGGCCGGCAAAUUGCUGCAGGCCCAUGUUCCGCACUUCAGCAUUGCCAACCAGCUCGAGCUGUACAAGCAGAAGUAUGCGAAUAUGGUGGAACUACAGUCCGGCGAGGCGACCGAUAACAGCGGGUCUGUUACUCUGGCCCAGAACGAGGCCAAGGUGAUCGUGGCCGCCGCGGAGCAGCAGCAGCAGCAGAAAGUACUAAAAGCGGGACAGGCGACGGCGGCGGUCGGUGGUGGCGCAGGAGGAGCGGCGGCAGCAACAACAACCACGCAGCAGCUAUACAAUCAGCUGCCGUAUUUGGCCACGUUCCCGGCGACGGCCAACAGCAGCGGGACGAGCAGCGCGGGCACGGUUACCGUUACGGGCGCAGGCGGUGCCGCCAACGGGGGGGCGGGCAGCGCAACAACCGCCUACUAUCCCAUGUAUCACAACGGCUUCCAGCUGGGCAUCGGACCGAACACGGUGCCGCCGCCAUUCACGCCCGUGCACUUUGCCAGCGCCAGCGGCGGCAGCAGCCCGACAGCGUCUGGCCAAUACAAUAUACUGACCACGGCGGCGGGCGGAAAUGCCACGCUGACAGUCGGACUGGAGCAGGCGCCGCCCCAGCAGCAGCAACAGCAGCAGCAGCAACAGCAGCAACAACAGCAGCAACAACAGCAGCAGCAGCAGCAGCUGUUGCAGGAGUUUCCGAAAAUGGGACGCGGUCGUCCGCGCAAGAUUAGCCUAUUGACCGCCAACGAGGAGCAUCUGAAGGCCAACACGCUGCUCGAGCAGGAGCUCAACCAAAUGCUGGCCGCGCCGCAUCUGGCGGGCAGCGGCAUGGGCCAGCGACGCGGCGGACGCGGUCAGUCGCUGGAGCAUGGUCACAUACAUGCACAUUCCACGGCCGAUGGCGACGGCGUGGUGCCGUCGCCGCUGUCGACGCCGCGACGCAGCGGCGCCAACAAGUACGAGACGGAGGAGGAGAAGCGCAUACGGCUGGACAAAAUGGCGGCGCAUCAGCGGGCGGUCCGCGCCAACGAAUCGCCCGAACAGCGCACGGUCCGCCUGCAGAAGCUCAGCGAACGGGCGCGACUCAAACGCGCCCAAAUCCGCGCCACCGAGAACACGGAGGAGCGCAAGGAACGGCUCUCCAAGCAGGCCGAAUACGCCCGAUUGCGACGCAUGCGCAGCCAUACGCCGCGCACGAGCAGCAGCGCCAGCGCCGAGUUCCAUGCCAAAACCGAGGAGGAGGAGGAGGAGGAGGAAACAACCGAACAGCUCUACGACAACGACACCGACGGCGCCGAGAGCUUUGUCGUCAAAACGGACUCACAGCUCGACGGCGACGGCUCCAACGAUCAGCAGCUCGCCGCCCUCCAGCUGCAGCAGCAGCUCCAGCAGCACGAACUACAGCAAAUGGCGGGCACCCUCCAGCAGCAGCAGCAGCCGCAUCACGAGACAAUUGUCAUCAACCAGCAGCAGCAGCAGCAGCAGCAGCAGCAGCGAUUGGUCAGCCUCAACCAGCAUCAGCAGGGCUACAGCAAGCUGCAAGCCUCUGCUGCGGCCGGCGCCAGCGCGGGCAGCGGCAGCGGCGCGCCCGAGAAUAACGAUAUGCUUAAGAUACUCGAACCGAUAAUUGUCAUGAAGACCAAAUGAGUAUCGCGAAAGCGCCACGAUGCGCCCACAAAAAGCUAGACUAGACUAUAUAUACAUAUGUGUAUAUAUGUAUAUAUAUAUAUAUAGAGAUAACGGUCUAUAUAUACACACAAAUAUCUGGCUGUAUUUUGGGCUAUUGUUGGCGCUGAACGCGCGCUGCAAUGUGCACAAAAUUGUUGGAUGGCAACGAAACAAAAAAAAAACAAAACAAUUAAAUCUCGUCUGGUCAACAACACACACACACACACACUCACCCCC